UUCAACUCAAAACCCUAAUCCCUUUUCUUCUUUGUUCUCUUCGAUUCUUCUCCGAUUCGUUUCAAUUCUUCUCAAAUCUCAAUGGUCACUCCAAAUUCCAAAUCGAUCUUCAACAUCGUAACUUCACGAGAGCUUAAUUCCUUUCAAGUUCGAAAACGACCUCGCAUGGAUGGUUGGGUUCAUGGUGUUUUCGAGAUGGGAGCUUUAUCUACACAGCAUAACGGUGAAGAUAUUGUUCCUCUUGCUCUCUCUUUUGCUAAGACAUCGAAAUUUUCGCACAUUCUUGCUUUAUCCAAUGAGGAAGGAUAUGUUAGUUUGUUUGAUACUCGUCGUAAAUUACAGCCCUCGUGCUAUGAAGAAAAUGCAGAUAAUGCAAGGAUUUGUGAAUGGAGUGCACAUAAUAAUGCUGUUUUUGAUGUCAAUUGGAUUAAGGAUGAUACACAGAUCCUUACUGCUUCUGGUGAUCAAACGGUGAAGAUAUGGGAUGUUCAAGAAAAGAAGUGUCUUGGAGUGUUAACAGGGCACACGGGGAGUGUGAAAUCUUUUUGUUCUCAUCCAACUAAUUCUGAUAUUAUCGUCUCUUGUUCAAGAGAUGGAUCCUUUCGGCUUUGGGAUUUAAGAUGUAACUCCAAUACUAAGAACAGGCAUGGAGAAGUUAGCAUAAGUUCAACAGCUGUUGUAAAAGGAGCACAUCUUUCAUAUCAAGUAUACCGAGUAAGGGGGCGCAAGGCCAGGGGUGCUUCCAUGAGUAUUACAUCUGCCCUUUGGCUCAAGGAUGAAGUUUCCAUAGCCACUGCCGGGGCAGCCGAUAGUGUGCUGAAGUUUUGGGAUACCAGAAAUUUAAAAAGUAUUGUUACACAAGCAUGUCCUCAACCCGAGUCAACAGGAAAGCAAAGAUUACAUGGUAUAUCUAGCUUGUCCCAAGAUGAUAGUGGACUUUUGCUUUCAGCUUCCUGCAUGGAUAGCCGAGUUUAUCUAUAUAAUACACUUCAACUUGAAAAAGGUCCUUUAAGACAUUUUGAAGGAGGUCGUAUAGAAUCAUUUUUUGUGAAGGCCGCAAUUAGCCCUGAUGCAUCUAGCAUAGUGUGCGGUUCCAGUACCGGAAAAGCAUAUGUUUGGCAGGUUGACAAGCCUCACGUGCCACCUACUAUUUUGAAGAGCCAUGAGGAUGAUGAGGAAGUUACUGCAGUUGACUGGUGCCGCUCUGAUAUCGGAAAACUAGCAACUGCAUCCGAUGAUUUCACAAUCCGAAUAUGGAAUCAACGCAGUUAUGUUAGCACAACAAAGUAUCCAUUUUCCAUUCGAAGAAGAGUUAUGGCCAUCCCUAGAACAGAGUGCAAAAUGCUAUUAAACAAUGAAGAAAUUUGCCCCAAGUCAGGUUUCGAUGGUCUCGAAACACCGCACCACCCAAUGAAGUCAGCCAAUCCAAUCACACCACCUAAAACGUCUACAUCUGAAGGCCAUAAGAACCAACUUUCAUCAGAAUUUGAUCUAACCGUAUCUCCUAAAAACACUCCAGAGUCUGCUAUGAAGAGUCCUUCAUCUGUAUUGAACCCACCACCCUCCCUAAAAAGAACUAUCCGCGACUACUUUGUAGCAUCUUCGUGACUCUUAUAGGCAGAUUAAACUAGCCUGUUUGCAGGUAGUUGUAGAUAGUGAUCCUGAGAUAGAGGUGGCAUGGGUUGCUUAGAUUUUCUUCGACUAUGGUAUUCGGUAAGGUUCCUUUGAAGUGCAUAAAAGGACUGGUUAAAGCAAGUGAAGAAGCUAAAGCUAAAUACAUGUAAAGCUAGACUUUUUUCGCCGGCUGAAAAACAAUGGUUGAUACCCGUUAUUGAACUGCGAAUGGAAAGCAUGACUAGGCAUAAGAUGAUUGGCAUGAUUUGUAUGUGCAAAGUGCAAUGUAUAGAAGUGAAUGCAAGCACUAAAGUUUUGAUUGUUGAGGUUGGAAUUGAUGUUUAUAUUAAUUAACUGCAUUUGCAUAUUCUUUUCUAAAUUAUGUUCAUAUUGAAUGUGAUUUGAGUUGUAUUAUUCUCACCACUCUUUGUUCUUAUUCUCACACCUCAAACCAUAACCUCCAUCAAACAAAUCCAUAGUUACCAUUCCUCAUCAUCAAAUAUAGAAAUUAA